AUGUCCGACGACAAAUCCGCGCCAACCCAAAACCCCAGAUCAGUAAACAGACUUGGUCCAAUACCAGGUUUGCGUACAAUCGACCGAAUGACACCCAAAAAUCCGACUCUGAAAACAGUUCUUGGGCCACAACUUCCUUCCAACAAUUUUUUCCAACGACGUUUGGGCCGCGUACCAUCAACGACCAGCAAAGGAGAAGGACCGUCCAACGAAGCUGGUAUCAAUAAAGGAAAAGGCCGAGCGUUCUCUGAAGAGCUUCUCAAAGAGACAACAUUUCAGGCUAGAAUCAAAGACCGAGUCAUUGGAUCCUCCGCCGCGAACUGGAGACGAACUGAAAACCCCCCAGCCCCUUCAUCAAUGCAAGCUCCGGUGCCUGAAGUUCGACCGCCGGCAAUGCAAUCCGACCUCCUAGCCAGCCUCAUCGCCGAAAUGCGCCUUCAACGCAAGGAGGAUCGCGCAAGACACAAGGACCUUAUGAAUCGGUGUGAUGCGGAGAAUGUCAGGUCCAAUCAACGGGCUCUUCUAGACGAGGAUGCCAAGAUAUCGGCCAUUGUUAACGCGGCACUUAAAAAGCUUAAACCAGAACAGAUUCUGAAUGUUGACGGAUCGAAUAUCCAGUCGUGGGACAAAGCUCUCGGUGUCAUAGCUUUCGAACGCUUUCAGGACGAAUUCUUCUACACCCCAGAAGAGGACGCAAUUGUCGAUCCGUACCAAGAGAAGAUAGCGCGAGGGAUCAUCCACUCGUCAGUUCACCCCGACCUCAUGUAUGAUCUCAUUCGACUUGAAAACUCCGCCGAAGUUUACAACCACCUACUGGUCAAAUUCCGCGUUGUGAAUCGAGCCAAGCAACUGCAAGCUUGGGAAACGUUGAAAAACCUCAACCCAUCUGACUACGGCAGCUCAGCCGAAGUGAUAUCAGCUUUCAACAGAUGCGCGAAAACUUUCAUUGAACAAGGCAUUGAGUUCACCUGGGAUAACGUCACUGCGCUGAUUUUCCAGUCGAACCUCAAGGAUCAUCUUCGACCCGCACUUGACAGAAAGGUUGAUCUCUUCAUGGAGACCCGAGAUUUCCAACUACCUGCCUCCUCCGACGUACUGCAACUGUGGGAUUCGGGUCGUAUUGAACACAGGCUAGCAGAAGAAACCGGAAGAUCGGAUACCUCGGCAAUGAACAUAAAGCUAGCUAGUCGAUCGGACAAUGUCACCCUAGCUAGCCGUAGCAAUACUAGUGUUUCAGGAACGAGCUCAGCGGCUGAAGAGGGUCAGCAAGUCAGCGCUCUGGCGCUGAACAAGCCACCUAUCUGCUACAUAUGCAAGCAGACCGGACACUACGCAACCAACUGUCCGACUAGCCGAAAAAACAACCCAAGCCACCAACCAGUGCCCAGUCGGCCCAAUCCCAACUCCCAACCUCAAUUCCCUCCAUGCUUGGUUACCUACAACUUUGACCGAGUACCAUACAUCAAACCGAUCCAAACAGAAUCAAGGGAUCCAGCGUCAACAAAGUCGGCUUCGUCUCCUUUUGUCAAACCAAAAACCACACCCACCAUGGCCAAGACAGUUGAGACACGGCAAAUCAACCCGGACUUGUUCGCCGAUGAUGAAGCGGAGAAUGUUGAAUAUGUUAUCAAAGGUGAAGAUCUUUCUGCAGAACCAAGUGGUCAACGCUUCAACCUCCGAGAAAUGAUCAUUCAACGUGACGGCCAAGAAGUCAUCUGGGACUCUGGCGCAUCUGACAACGUCACCGGAGAUAGGUACGCAUUGCACGACUUCGUAACUCUAGAACAUCCUAUUGCUGUCAAAGUAGCAACUGACUCCAACUGUGACUACAUUACAGGCAUGGGUACCUUGAAGUUUGUCGGGAUGAACAAGGCGAUCAUCGUAGUUAAAAAGGUCUUCUACUGUGAGCGUGCCCGCUCUACCUUAUUGUCUAUCGCGGCGUUCAAGAAAUCUAAUGCGAUGUUUUUCGUGAACGGGAACUUUGAUUCUAUAGAUCUAGUCGACGGCAAUGGAAGUGUCCUUCUCCAUAGCGAAUUUGACCCCAUCCAUAACACUCAUCAAAUUGAUGCCAAUUCAAUUUUCAAGUCUCCAAAUCUAGUGGAACAUAGCCAGUUUACAUGGAAUCCCGAGGAGCUGACAAAUGAUGAGAAGAAAUUGCUGUUCUGGCAUAGGCUUUUCGGACAUGCGAGCCUACGUAAGAUUAGACGGAUGGUGAAACUACAGCUAGGUUAUGGUCUGCCCACGACAAUGCCGACGGGCUCUAUUAAGUGUCCUGUAUGUUUGAUCUGCAAAGCAACAAGGACUUCAGCACUUGGUCCGACCAAACGAUGUGUUGAACGCUUGUCGGUGGUAUGUGUCAAUCUGAUGGGUCCCUUCGAUACACCUACUAUGACAGGAGGCAAAUAUGCUCUUACAAUAAGGGAUGUUUUUACGUCUUACAGUGAAGUGCGAAUCCUCAAGGCUAAGAGCGAGGCAGCGGAUAUGAUUACGCAGACAAUCACCAGAUGGGAAAACCAAACCAACUGCAAAGUGAAAAUUCUACGUUCAGACAAUGGAGGUGAAUUUGAAUCAAAGGUUUUUGGUAAGUACCUUGGCGACAAAGGUAUUGUUGCGGAGCGCUCACUCCCCUACCACCAUUUUCAAAAUGGCGCUGCUGAACGCUACAACAGAACAGUUGCAGACAUGGGUAGAAGCAUCUUGUACGACAGCGAAUUAGGCAAGGAAUUUUGGGGAUAUGCUUUUCUCUGGGCGGCUUGGACGUUGAACAGAAUCCCAAAUCGCAUCACCAAAGACAAAACUCCGUACGAAUUUUUCUUUGGUGACAAACCACAACUGGAUUGGACGAGGGUUUUUGGUUCGAAAGCAUACAUCUUGGUAGCCCCCGAAAAACGGAAGAAGCUUGAUGAACGCGCUGUUGAAGGCCUAGUCGUCGGGCACCUACCGGAAUCAAAAGGUUGGAUGUUCUGGAUCCCUAAAACAAAGAAGCUAGUCUCCUCUGCAUGGGCUGAUUUCGGACGGAAUGCCCUACCAUCGGGGACAGUCACUAGUGCUCCAAUACCAGAGAAAGGAUCCACCGCCAAUCCACCCCAUCCGUCACCGGCGCCCGAAGCUAAACACAUGGUCCUGAAUGACUUCAGCCAAGAAGAAUUAGUUGAACAUCAAGAGACGUUAGUCGACAAAUGCAUGGAGAAUUGUGCUGAUAGCUCUUGCGAUGUUCCCUCGACUUUCAAAGCCGCAAUGCAAUCUCCUGAUGCAGCCCAUUGGAAGCUGGCGAUAAACACCGAACUAGAAAAUCUGAAACGCAAGAAUGUCUGGGUCGUUAAGAAACUACCAUCGAAGCGGAGAAAACUAGGUGCGCGGUGGGUUUUUGCGAAGAAGACCAACCCUGAUGGAUCCAUCAAAUACAAAGCACGGUACGUCGCGAAAGGUUUCAAUCAAAAAGAAGGCACCGACUUCGCGCAUACCUUUGCACCAACGGCCACCUUCACUUCGAUGAGAAUUCUUCUGACAAUUGCAGCCAGGAACAACUGGCCAAUCUACAACUUCGACUUUGUUGCGGCGUAUCUGAACGCGCCCAUUGACGAGGAGGUAUGGGUGCAAGCCCCUGAGGGACUUGACGUUAAUGUUGGCGAGGCCUGUCUCCUGAGGCGCGCACUUUACAGGACGAAGCAGGCGGUGAGAUGCUGGUGGAAACACCUCAGUGGUACGCUGGCCAGUCUUGGGUAUGUAUCGAGUUACUACGACUCCAGCGUCUAUACUCUCAGCCGCAAAGAGGACAGAUCAAUCAUCUGGGUACAUGUAGACGACGGGAUUGUCACAGGAUCGUCAGACGAGGCCCUGAAACUACUAGAACAACAACUGAAAGGCUCUCUUGAAAUCAAGUGGACUGAAGGACUAACUAGCAUGGUGGGGGUGAAAAUCUUUAGGAAUCAAGACGGUUUUGAUUUGACGCAACCGCUCUUAAUUGACAAGAUUCUCAAGGAACGUUGGGACGGCGUGACCUUACACUCUACACCUCUACCUGAAGGCUACACUGCCAACACGGACACUACCGAGGCGGGCAUCAAUAGCACAGAUUUCCUUUCCACUAUAGGGAGUCUCAGUUAUGUUGCGGUUGGAACCCGGCCCGAUAUCGCGUACAGCGUAAACUACCUAGCCCGAUUCUCCAGCAGGCCCUCAGCGCACCACUGGAAAGGACUGAGACACCUACUAGGAUACCUGGCUGAGACAAAAGUGACACCGCUCAGGAUAGCACCAGACCGUUCAAACGGCCACCCGGUUGAAUGCUUCGUAGACGCAAAUUGGGGUGGAACCAACUCUAGGUCUACAUACGGGGUUAUAAUUCGACUCUACGGUUCACCGAUCAUGUGGGUCUCUAGGCGUUUAGUAACAGUAGCAAGCUCGACCUGUCAAGCUGAAUACAUGGCGCUGGGCCAUGCCACGAGACACGCGCUGUGGAUACGGAAUCUUCUGUCAGACAUCGUGGGAGUGAAUUUCCCAGUGAUGAUACUUUGCGACAACCAGUCUGCUGUUAAAAUCGGUUGUGAAGACGCCUCGAACAAAAGGACGCACCACAUUGAACGGGAGUUUUACAUUACAAAUCAGGCUUUAUAUGAGAAGAAAACAAGCAUCAAGUGGAUUCCAGGGAAGGAGCAAAUUGCGGAUGUUCUCACGAAGGCGCUGGGAAAGGCGGCACAUCAAAAAUGCAGGACAGUCAUUCAAGGACUUAUAACUUAG